UCUGGUCACACUGCAACUGAUUGUUUUUAUUAUUUGUGUUGUUUUUGAUGUUUUUUCUGCUUUUGCCAGCGAUUUGCGUAAAUUGUGUUUGCGUUUGGGAUCUAAUUAUAGAACUAAUAGAUGCCGCAAAACAUUCAAAAUCGCCCAAGAGACACGGAACAAUAUUUUUGAACUGCAGGUGUGCGCUCAUUUUCAGUCGGACGUGACCGGCCCCCAGAUUCAAAUCGAAGGUGUCUGUUUUUCGUCGCCCCCGAAAAUGGAGAUGCGAAAAUCCUCAUUGGUGAAAGCCAGUGGCACCUCCAAGUCCAAAUCCAGCAUUCCCAAUCCUCAGAUCAAGCGGGGCCAAAGGAUUCUCACCGAAAAGCCAUUCGCCUUUGUCCUGAAAUCCAAGUACCGACUGGAACGAUGUGAUAACUGCCUGGAGGCUACCAAAGUCCUUAAAUGUUCCAACUGCCGUUAUGUUUCUUACUGCAAUCGAGCCUGCCAAUCGCAAGCCUGGGGCCAGCACAAGCACGAGUGUCCUUUUUUGAAGAAGGUCCAUCCCAGGAUCGUGCCAGAUGCCGCCCGAAUGCUGUGCCGCCUUAUCCUGCGCCUGGAGCAUGGCGGAGACCUUAUUCGGGGCUACUACACCGAGCACGGCUCUCGCAAGUUCCGAGAUCUAAUGUCACAUUAUGCGGAGAUCAAGAAUGACCCGAUGCGACUGGAGCAUUUGGACUCCCUGCAUGCUGUGCUCACCGACAUGAUGGCCGAGAGCCCCAGCACGGUGCCAAACAAGACGGAACUGAUGAGCAUUUACGGACGUCUUAUUACCAACGGUUUCAAUGUGUUGGACGCCGAGAUGAACUCCAUUGCCACGGCCAUUUACCUGGGCGUUUCGAUCACGGAUCAUAGCUGCAAACCGAAUGCGGUGGCCACGUUCGAGGGCAACGAGCUCCACAUCCAUGCCAUCGAGGAUAUGGAGUGCCUGGACUGGUCGAAGAUCUUCAUCAGCUACAUAGACCUGCUGAAUACCCCGGAGCAGAGGCGUCUGGAUCUAAAGGAGCACUACUAUUUCCUCUGCUGUUGCAGCAAAUGCAUCGAUCCGCAGGAAACCAAAGAGAUGACAGCGGCUCUGUGUCCGAAUAGCAAUUGCGGUGUCGGUGUGAAUCCUGAGCUGACGAACUGCAAGCGAUGUGCCGCCGGGAUCAGUCCCAAGCUGAGGAACUCCUACAACAAUGUAAUGGCACUCACCCGAUCCAAUCUAGAGUCUAUGAAGGAUGUGGCAUACCUGGAUGUGUGCAAGGUGUGCCUUAAUAAGCAGGCUGGUGUGCUGCAUCCUCUGAAUGUGUGGCAUGUCAAGACCCUGGAUGCCGCCUUCGAGGCUGCCAUCGAUGUGGGCAAGUGGGCCGAUGCCCUCGAUUAUGGCCAGAGGCUGUUGCCGGGUUUCAGGAAGUACCACGGUGCCUGGAACCCCCUGCUUGGACUGUUGCACAUGAAAUUGGGAAAAAUUCAACUGUACGAGCAGCGUGCCAAGGAGGCACUGCCCCAUCUGGAAGAUGCCUUGCGAAUUCUAACUGUUACACAUGGACGCGACCACAGGCUUCUGGCUGAGCAGCUGUAUCCGCUGCUCAUCCAGGCUCGGCAUGAAGCCAACUGCUGAACUGUGGAGGUUCCUUAUUGUGUUUUUUCUUUUUAUUGGUAAAAAUAAAGCUUAAGUUAUAGAAUAUAAUGUAAAUA